AGCGCGAGGGCGGCGACGGCGAGGGCGGCGGGAGCGCACAGACACGCACACGCGCACACACGGACACACACUCCGGGGACGCACACCCGCGCGUACACACGCAGAGGCAGCUCGCCUUCCUGCCUGGCUUCCUUCCUGUCUGCUCCGCGCCUGACAGGCCCCUCGCUGCAGGCAGGGGCCGCCCGCACCGGGCAGAGGCCGGGCCGGGCCGGCGGCGAGGGCAUCGGGGGCCGCGGUUGGCGGCAGCGGCUCAUGCCCGGCCUGUCCCUGCGAGGGGCGGGCACCGUGACUCGGCUGGGCCCCCAGCGGCGGGCGAUGUGAAGAUGUCAGUGGGCUGUGCCUGUCCUGGUUGUUCCUCAAAGUCAUUCAAGCUGUACUCACCGAAGGAGCCCCCGAACGGCAACGCCUUCCCUCCCUUUCAUCCCGGCACCAUGCUGGAUCGGGAUGUGGGCCCAACUCCCAUGUACCCGCCCACAUACCUGGAGCCUGGGAUAGGGAGGCAUACACCAUAUGGUAACCAAACCGACUAUAGAAUAUUUGAGCUUAACAAACGGCUACAGAACUGGACAGAGGAGUGUGACAAUCUCUGGUGGGACGCUUUCACGACUGAGUUCUUUGAGGAUGAUGCCAUGUUGACCAUCACUUUCUGCCUGGAGGAUGGACCAAAGAGAUACACCAUCGGCCGGACCCUGAUCCCACGCUACUUCCGCAGCAUUUUUGAGGGGGGUGCUACAGAGCUGUAUUAUGUACUUAAGCACCCCAAGGAAGCAUUCCACAGCAACUUUGUGUCCCUCGACUGUGACCAGGGCAGCAUGGUGACCCAGCACGGCAAACCCAUGUUCACCCAGGUGUGUGUGGAGGGCCGGUUGUACCUGGAGUUCAUGUUUGACGACAUGAUGCGGAUAAAGACAUGGCACUUCAGUAUCCGGCAGCACCGAGAACUCAUCCCCAGGAGCAUUCUGGCCAUGCACGCCCAGGACCCCCAGAUGCUGGAUCAACUCUCCAAAAACAUUACCCGGUGUGGGCUAUCCAAUUCCACUCUCAACUACCUCCGACUCUGUGUGAUACUCGAGCCCAUGCAGGAACUCAUGUCCCGCCACAAGACCUACAGCCUCAGUCCCCGAGACUGCCUGAAGACCUGCCUUUUCCAGAAGUGGCAGCGCAUGGUAGCACCUCCUGCGGAGCCUGCACGGCAGCAGCCCAGCAAACGGAGGAAACGGAAGAUGUCAGGAGGUAGCACCAUGAGCUCGGGGGGUGGCAACACCAACAACAGCAACAGCAAGAAGAAGAGCCCAGCCAGCACCUUCGCUCUCUCCAGCCAGGUACCUGAUGUGAUGGUGGUGGGGGAGCCCACCCUGAUGGGCGGGGAGUUCGGGGACGAGGACGAGAGGCUCAUCACUCGGCUGGAGAACACCCAGUUUGACGCGGCCAACGGCAUUGACGACGAGGACAGCUUUAACAACUCCCCUGCACUGGGCGCCAACAGCCCCUGGAACAGCAAGCCUCCAUCCAGCCAAGAAAGCAAAUCGGAGAAUCCCACGUCACAGGCCUCCCAGUAAAGGCCCUGCCAUGGCCACCCAGUGCUCUCUGCCUGCCCCACCCCUCACAGCCCCAGGGAGCAGAAGACAAUAAGAGACUGAGCAUCUGAAAUGGGCAACCUCCAUCCACCCACUUCAGGGAGGAACUGGACUCACUGGGGGCAGGUGCCAAGAUUUGUCCCCCAGUUGCCCUGGGCUGGGCCUGGCCCCUGCAGAGCCUUUUGGGGGAAGGGGGUACUCAUGUGGAUGCCUAUGUGGACCCUGGGCCUCUGAGAAAUGUCCUGAUCCACCUCUCCCCAGGGCAUUUGCCCCCAUUCUCACCCCAGGUUCUGGGUGUCCCAGCUUCCUGAUUUAUCCCUCUGAGCCUGGGGUUUAUACCCACAGCCCUUAGGGGCUUAAACUUAAGGGGCUUGGUUGAAUGCCUUUCCCCUAGGCGGCUGUUAACGGGGUAAAAUUCUGGGCUCCUCCCUUUUGCCACUUACCCAGCUCCAAGUUUUUAAAAAAAAUAAUAUUAUUAAAAAUGUAAAUUAAAAAAAAGUCACUCCUGUUCCCCUA